AUGCGCCUCAUCGCUGAAGAUGAUUUUCUUCGAAAAAUCACCAUCGAUUUGUUGAUGCUCCAAUAUCCAAUUGGCGAAUGUACGGCGCUGCGCAUGGUCUGCUGGUUGCAGUUCUUGUGUCAAUUGGAUCUUUCUGGCACCACGGAGAGUGUGCCUAGACAAUUGUCCAAUUGCAAUGGCUGCGGUGGCGCACAUCGUCGUGCAAACUGUCCGUUCCGCGACGCCACGUGUUUUAAGUGUUUCUUAAAAGGCCACAUCGCGAAGGUGUGUCGCUCGAAGGAUAAGGUCGACUACCUUUCGGCCGACAACACAAUCGAUAACACAGUUGAUAUCGAUAAGCCAGCAAUUCAAUCGAUAACUUCGCUCAACAACUAUCGACGCAUCUACAUUCCUACGUCAUUACUCGACCAACAUGUACAAUUUCAAUACGAUAGUGGAUCAGAUGUCACGACCAUCGGGAAAGACACGUGGAUACGUCUAGGCAGUCCUACACUUAGCUCCGGCAAAUCUGUGGAACACGCCGGGGGCAAUGCUCUGAAAACAUUAGGAAGAUUCAAGUGUAAAAUACGGGCUGCUAACCGUGAAGGUGAUGUAGUGAUAGAUGUUGCCGCGCGCGACGGUCUUAACCUAUUCGGCUUAAACGCUAUCGACAAGCUCAAUUUGUGGGCUAUGCCUCUCGACAAGUGCCGUGAGUUCUGUGAAAAUUCACAACGCGCGGUUGUUAAACACAACAAAACAAAUUCCCCCGUCGAGUCACCACCAUCACCUCCAGCAUCAAACGACCACAUCGUGAAAAAUUUUCCAAAACUCUUUUCCAAGGACCUCGGGCAGUGUAAAAAUUUUCGAGCUAAACUUACGUUAUCCGAAAACUCUGUUCCAGUGCAAACUCCAUGUCGGCAAAUCCCGUUCGCGAUGGAAACUCUCCUAGACGAGGAAUUGCAGCAUUUAAAAUCCUUAGACAUAAUCGAACGCGUACAUCAAUCGGAUUGGAGUACACCUAUCGUCAUCGUAAAAAAACUAAACGGCAAAAUCCGUUUAUGCGCUGAUUACUCCACAGGCGUGAAUAAGGCAUUGAAAAAUAACAUGUAUCCUUUACCGAACAUAGAUUCUAUAGUAUCUAAACUAAAUGGUAAUAGUUAUUUCAGCGUUUUAGACCUCAGUGAUGCGUUCUUGCAAAUCGAAAUCGCUGAAGGAUAUCGUGAUGUCACCACGAUCACAACACCGAAGGGCCUUUUCAGAUACAAACGUCUACCCUUUGGCAUCAAGACGGCCCCAGCCACAUUUCAACAAGCCAUAGAUCAAUCGAUUUCAGGGUUGGACGGCGUCGGCGCCUACAUCGAUGAUAUUUAUAUCGCAGGUUCUACCCGUCAAGAACACGAUAUACGUCUUCGCUCAACUUUACAACGCCUCGAGGCUCUGGGAUGGAAGUUGAAACCCGAGAAAUGCCGCUUCGCUCUACACGAAAUCAAGUAUCUCGGUCUUAUCAUCAAUGGCUCAGGCAUCGCCGCAAAUCCUGAAACUACUCGAGCGAUUACGAGUAUGCCUAAUCCUUCCUCCGUGGCGGAAGUCCAAACACUCUUAGGAAUGAUAAACCACUACGGAAAAUUUAUACCACAUCUUCAUCAGUUAAAGAAACCCUUAGAAGAUCUCACAAGAAAGAACCAAUCAUAG